AUGUCUUUGGCUAAUGGCUGCGUGCCACUCAUCGCCGGCGGUGCUGCUUGCGCAGCCUCCUCCCUGCGCCUGGGGCCUCGAGAUCUCACGGUGGCUGUGGAGCUCUCUGAUCUGGAGAAAGGCCCACAAGAGCCCGGUGUCGCUGAUGAUGGGUCACCCAUUGUCGAGGCAGAUUUGGCCCUGCAAGACAUUUCCUCCGAUGAUGAGCGGAAGAAAGGCACACUGUGGUUUGGGGCCAACUUUUGCCGAAGGAGAUACAUCCUAGAGACAAAGCGGCCCUGUGUCAUUUGCUUAACCGACAAGGAACACACUCUAGUUCCCCCACACGUGCCCCACCGUGACAAGCUGCAGAGCGGGCGGAACAUGAGCGUUUGGAUGCAGCGACUGCACUUGCCACGCAGCUGGAUGCAAGAGGAGGAGCCAGCCAGUGCGCCCUUGCCACUGCCAGUGGUCACCAUACCACGCUAUGAAGAGCGCAGAUGGCUUUUCAGGCCAGCAGAGGCCUCGCUUUGGGCUUGGCAACGUAUGGGCUCCUGUUUGGGUCGUGGGCGAGAAAUCUCGUUGCUUUAUGAGGAAGUGCAGACUCCAAACAGAUGGCACAAGUGGCAUUGGGCGGCCCUUUGUGUGCUCUUCAUGUGUGUAGCUGGUGUGGCCAUUGCAGUGAUUUGGCAAAAAUCCGCUCGCGGAUGA